AUGGCCGACGUGAUCCCCGUCGACCCCGUGGUGACCCCCGCGCCCACGGCCGCUCCGCUCGAGUGGCCCGAGAACAUGACCACCACCGAGGGCGUCAUCAUCGCCGUGCUGCCCUUCGCCGCGCUCAUCCUGUGCUACGUCAUGCUGCGCCUCGUGUGGCGCGUGCCCACGCCGCUGCCCGUGCGCGCGCCCGUGCCGUCCUACGGCGCGACGGGCGAGCAGCUGCAGCCCAUCACCGCCAUCAAGACGUCGCUGGUUGAGGAGGGCGAAGUGGCUGGAGACUACGAGGAGCACUGGUACAACACGUUCGACUUCGCCUUCCUGGUGGGCAUGGCCGUGUACGCGGCCGUGAUGCUCGUGCUGACGUACUUCUACGAGCCGCAGUGGCUGCACGAGACCCGCUUCUGGCUCAUGCAGCUGCCCAAGCUCGUGGUUAUGAUGGUGGUGUCGCUCGCCGGCGGCAUCGUGUGCCGCUGCUUCUGCGACGUGGACGAGAAGGGCUACAUCAUGACGAACAAGUCGUCCAAGUUCAAGGUCAACUACACGCGCAAGCUGCAGCACUUCGCCGCGUACAUGGUGCCGCUGGUGAUCAAGGCGGACUACCCGGGCCCGCUCGCGCUGGCGUGGGGCGACUUCUUCACGAUGCUGGGCUUCCUCGUGCUCAUCAAGCCCAUCCGCGAGCACUCCAAGUUUUUCAUGCUGCAGUUCAACUCGCUGGACCGCCCCGAGGACCGCCCCAACACGCUCAAGUGGAUCAUCGUGGGCAACAUCGCGCCGGGCAUGUUCAUCCUCAUGUUCUUCAAGUGGCUGUUCGCGGCGCAGGGCGCGCUGACGUUCAUCCUCGUGUUCAUCACGGGCAUCGGCGACGGCCUGGCCGAGCCCGUGGGCAUCACGUGGGGCCGCCACAAGUACAAGACGCGCAGCUGCUUCAGCAAGAACAAGUACACGCGCAGCUGGGAGGGCAGCGCGUGCGUGUUCCUGUCGGGCCUCGUGUUCCCGGCGCUGCAGUACGCGGCGUUCGACAACUUCUGGCAGGUGCUGCUGUCGAUGCUGAUCCUGGCGCCGACCAUGGCGUACGCGGAGGCGACGGCCCCGCACACGAUGGACACGCCCGUGCUCAUGAUCGGGUGCGGCGUCAUCCUGUACGCCAUCGUGAACCUUGUCUAA